CGCGUCGCUUCGUUGAAUAGGGAUCGUUAUUAUCGUAGCUCAUGAAGGAUUUUAUAAUGCAAAAUGAUUCUUUAGUUUAAUUAAAAACAUCUAUAAAAUUGGGGGAAAAAUUAAUGUUUUAAAAAUAUAAACCAUGUCAUUCUACGUCUAUUUGUUUAUUAUUUGGACAUUUAUUUUACAUACAUCAGUAUGGGGCUACAAUGAUGGAAUUUAUUUUUCUGUAAGUCCUGAAAAACACAUAGCUACUGAAGGAUCGCCAGUGAUAUUGCGAUGUGAGGCAGAGCCAAAGAAUAAAAUAAGAUAUUCGUGGACGAUUGAUGGACAACCAUUGGUACAAAAUCCUCGAAGAUAUUUGAUGGAUGGUAACUUGCACAUAACAAGAGUUAACCGAAUGUACGACAGUGGUGAUUUUGUUUGCAUUGCAACGGAUAAAAUUUCUGGAAAUUCAAUUGAAAGUUCAUCAGUAAAAGUCAUCGUACAAUGGAUUAGUGAAGCCAGUAUCCAACUUCAAGAACCUAAAACUCCAUCUGCUAUUAACAUUAAUGGAGAAGUAGAAUUUCGCUGUCAUGUAGAUGGAUCUGGAGAACUUAAAUAUGAAUGGUUCAGAAACAAAGAGAAACUUGAACGAAAUGAACGCAUCGAAAUGAAAAAAAAUAAACUACAUAUACAUAAAGUUAAUGUUGAUGAUAAUGGCAUUUAUACCUGCCAAGCACGAAAUGAAGUUAUUUCUUCUCCUGUUGUUGAUCGAUUUCCACUUAUUGUUCAUUCAAAUGACACAGCUAUUAUGAAAAACGUUCCAAAAAAUUUAAUUAUUAAACGUGGCGAAAGGGCAACGUUUCAUUGUGAAUUUGAGAAUGCCAAUUCUAUUAAAUGGUUUUUCAAUAACAUUACUUCUCUGGAGCAAACUGAAGAAAGAAGUAUAUUUCAAAAUGGAACCCUAAUAAUUCACAAUGUAGAUUUUGUUGAUCAAGGCACUUAUUAUUGCCAAGGACAUAAAGGCAAUAAUUUUCAAACUUUUAUGGCUGAACUUCAAAUAGCUUAUUUGAGAAAUUUAUCUGUGGCCUCAUUGGAGCCAUCUUUACCUAAUCAAUUGGCUGUUGUUGGAGAAGGUCAAGAACUACAGAUCACUUGCUUAAUACCAUCUGGUUCUCCAGUUCCAAAGAUUUACUGGAAGAAUCAUGAGGGACACAUUAUUAGUGAUUCUGGAUCAAUUAGAGUUCAAGAAAAUACAUUGAUCAUUACAAAAGCUGACGUUACUAAAAAAUUAGUUAAUUAUACAUGCAUUGCUGAAAAUUUAGCUGGAACAACAGAAAUUACUGUUCAAGUUUUUGUAUCAACACCUCCAUCUGUAAUAUAUUCACCGGAAUCGUUAACUGUAAUGGAAGAAGAAUCUGUUUCAUUAUCAUGCGGAUAUAGAGGAGAGAAACCACCAGUUACCCACAUCAAGUGGUUAAAAGACAAUGAACCAUUGAAAGAAUCAGGUGGACCAACUAGAUAUAGAAUAAAUUAUCACAAUGGUAAUGUGACACUAUUUUUCAAAAAUUUAGAUCUAGCAGAUAAAGGAACAUAUAAAUGUGAAAUAACAACUAAAGGAUUUCCAAGUAUUUCUUCAAAUUCAGCAACAAUAGCUGUACAGGAGAAAUUAAAAUUCUCUCCACAGCCUGUUAGUCGACGUUUAGAACGUGGUUCAUCUUCUAAAGUUUCAUGCAAAGCUCAAGGUUCCACUAAUCCAAUUAUAAAAUGGAUUAAAGAAAAUAAUACAGAAUUUCCAAAAAAUAUUCAAGAUAUUAAUGGUACUCUUCAUUUUAAUGGAGUUUCAAAGAAUGACAAAGGGCAAUAUACAUGUAUAGCAAAAAAUUCUCAAGGUUCCAUUAAUCACACAAUUGACAUUGAUGUUGUUGUUUCACCAAAAUUUACAAUUCGACCUCAAAAUCCAACGGAAGCUGUUGAAGGUUAUUCUGUUAUCUUACAUUGUGAAGCGGAAGGAGAUCCAAAACCAACAAUUCAAUGGGAUAAAGAUACUCGUAUGAAUAGUUUCAAUGAUUCCAGAUUUGAAUUUUUAACAAAUGGAAGCCUCUAUAUUAAGGAAAUUUUCUUGACUGAUGAAGGAAAAUAUGGCUGUACCGCUGGUAACAGUGGAGGAUUGAAAAGAGAAGAAAUUCAAUUGAACGUCAAAGCUGGUAAUAGUUUUCGUUCGGAUUUGGAUUUCGAUAGUAUUGAAGAUCAAUCUAUGAUGACAAAAACAGUAACAAUUACACUUAGUGCAGCAGCCGCAUAUAUGAUUCUUGUAGUUGGUUUAAUGCUGUAUUGCCGUUAUCGACGUAGGAAAAGAAAACAGCAAUAUUUACAAGAAUUAGGAGAAGAAAAAUUAGAAAAUGGUGAAGUUCAAGAAGAACAAAUAGAACUGAAUGAAAAAAGUUCAAAGGCAAAUACAACGAAAAAAAAAGAAGGCCAUGACUCUCAGAAAAGUGAUGGUGCAGAAACUGCGCAAAGUCAUAGUAGCAAUAAUUCUAAAAAAUCAAAAACAAGUUAUGAGAAAAUUGCUAUUUCUAGAGCAAAUCUUAAACAGAUGAAACCACUUGGACGUGGUGAAUUUGGUGAUUUAUUUUCUGCUAAAUAUCAUACCGAUGGUAAUAAAAUAAAUGAUGUAAUGGUGAAAACAUUAGUGAAUGUUAAAGAUGAAAAUGCAUUACAAGAAUUUAAACGCCACUUGGAUUUAUUGCAUCGAUUAAAUCAUGAAAAUGUUGCGAAAUUAAUAGGUCUUUGUCGAGAGGAAGAACCCGAUUAUAUGAUUAUAGAGUAUACUGAAUGGGGAGAUUUAAAACAAUUUUUAAUUGCUUCUGGAAAAGAUCAAAAUCUUACAACGUCUUCGUCGAAUUCAAAACCAAAUGUGACAAAGUUAGCAGCUUCACAAAUCAAUUCAUUAAUUUGUCAGGCAGCUUUAGGACUGAAGCAUUUAGCUGAUCAUCGUUUAGUGCAUAAAGAUAUUGCUGCACGUAAUUGUAUGAUUACCAGUAAUUUAUCCCUUAAAAUCUCAAUGCCAUGUAUGACAAAAGAACCUUAUCAGAAAGAAUACACUAAAUUUAAAAAUCAAGUGAUUCCAUUGCGAUGGUUGCCUUACGAAGCUGUUUAUGAAGAUGAUUAUUCAACAAAAAGCGAUGUUUUUUCAUUUGCCUGUUUAAUUUGGGAAAUAUUUCAUCAAGGAGAAUUACCAUUUAACAAACUUAAUGAUGAAUCAGUGCUCACUCAACUUAAAGCUAAAACAUUAUUAUGGAAAGCGCAUAAAUCUGCACCAAUUGCAUUACAAGAAUUACAAAUUUUAUGCUGGUCUUAUGAUCCACGUGAAAGGCCAAAUUUCGAAGAAAUAGUUUCUAAAUUAAAUGCACCUGUAGUUAAUUGUUUAUAAAACAGCCGCCAUUUAUAAGUUUUUUUUUAUAUAAUAUUUAUACAUAUUUGAUAACAAUCUAGUCAUCGAAACCGUAUAUGUACUUUUAAGAUACUAAAAAAAUGUCAAAAACAUUUUUUUUAAAGAAAAUUAAAACUAAACUUAAGAGUUAAUGAUGCUUAAAAAAAUUUGACUAAACUUUAAUGUUAGGUACAUAUAAUUAAGUUUUAUACAAAGGAAAAUAUCCUUCCUUGAAUUUAAAAAAAAAAAAUUUUUAAUACAGAAGAAAAGUCAAUUCAAUUUUAUAAAUUUUAUAAAAAUAUGUAAACAAGCUAUAAAGUUAUAAUACUCUGUUUCACGAGAGAAUAAUUUUUUAAAUCUCGCAAUUUAUUUUCUUAAAGGAUGAAGAAAAGUUUAGUAGAAAUUUUUUUUUAUUCAAAGUGAAGAAGUGAAUGUUUUCAAGCAAUCCAUCCAAAUGUACUAAAACUUUUUGAAUUCAGUGAAACUUUUGAUCUGAAAUCAUAAUUAUAUACCAUUUUGAAAGGAUUUAACUCACAAUGGUAUGAUGAAAGUCUUAUAACCAUCCUGUUGUUGUUUUUUGGCUAUUUUGUCAAUAAUAUAUAUUUAUCAUUAUUUAUAAUUUAUUUGAAAAUUUUAGGUUGAACGAUAAGUAUUAUGAUAAUUACCCACUGUUUCUUCCAAAAAAUGUUUACACUGUAAAUUUUUUUUGUUUUUUUUUGUUUAUCAUGAUGAGGAAGCUAAAUGGUCAUGAAAUGAACAAAUUUUUAACUUGUUUAUAAUUUGCUUUGCUUCCAUGUGCAAUAAUACUUCUUCUACAAAACCGUUAUAUCACGCUUCCAAUAUUAUAAAGAAUAUUAUUAAUGGCUUCCCAUUUCUAUUUGAAUUUGAUAACCUUUAUGAAAAUUUCUAAUAGGCUUCUUAACAUUUUUUACGGCAGAAAAAAUGAUAGAAAAUAAAAUUUAAAAAACUAAUCUAAUAAAUUUUAAUAAAGGAGUUUUGUUUUUAUUUUUAAACCUCUGAUGAACUAUCAUCUAUACGUUAUACAAGAGUUCUUCCAAAAAAAAACAUGGUUCUUCGUUUUACACGAUAUUUCCAAAUAUCUUCCAGUUAACUUCUUUUCAGUAAUAUUUUAUCUUUUCGAUAAAAAAUAUAUUGUUAAAAAUUGAUUGUUGUUCCAAAUUAUAUUAUUUUAGUACUCUAAUAAAUUCUAAAAGAACGUGUGAGAAAGAGUUGAAGUUAAUCUCCAUAAGUUAAGGAUUAAAUUACGAUGAAGGGCUCGGUAAAAAAAAAAAAUUUUUUUUGUGAAAAGAUCCGUCCAAGAUCAAAAACCACGCCAAUUCAUUCACUUUUUUAACUUUCUGGCGCGAAGGAAAAUUGUCCUUUUUAUGGCGUCAUUCUCUCGUGAAACAGAAUUCUGCUAAUGUUACAAGUUCAUUAUUGUAAAUAUUUAAACUUGAAACAGAAAAAGAAAUUUAAUCUUGCAUACAUUCAAUAAGCACAAUUUAACGAACCAUAGAAAGUUUUUCUUCAAUACAAAUAAGUUGUUUGGUUAACCUAACAAUAAAGUAUUGUCAUCAGUUUGGACAAAAACAUAAAUGCUAAAAUUCGAAAAAAUAUUCUACAAAUUGUCUUCCAACUUCAUUGGAACUUAAUAAAAUUAUAGUUUUGAGUAAGGAAUAUUUAUGUAAUAAAAUAUUUUUGGAAACUUUUUUUAAAUUAAUUAUAUUUCCAAAGUCGUUGACUUAUCAUAUUUGAGUGAAUAAAGGUUUUUUUUUUUUUGUAUCUGUUCUAUUAAUUGUUAAUAAAAUAAGUAAUAAUAAAACACUAUAA